AUGGAGUCCACAGAGACACUCGAUUGGCCGCAGAAGAACGGCAGCCGUGCCGAUACCAGCAACGGUAUUGAUGGUCACGAUGUGCAACCACCGCCCACCCCCGGCUCGGGCGAUGCACCGGAACCGCCCAUCAACAACAAUGGCAACCAGAGCGACAAUGGCAAUGGUUGCUGUACCGUGCCGAAGCUAGCAUCACCGAGACCGUCGAGCCCGGCCGAAAAUGGCGAGAGUGCUAAUUGUUGCACCCUAAUGCGCAGCAGUUCCCGUCCCUCGACGGACGAUGGCAACCUGCUGUCACCGAAUACGUCGCGCUCGAGCAUGUCCCAAUCGCCCACCCAUCACCAUCUGUCCCCGUCGCAUCGUUCGGUGCCGCCCGAUUCGCUCUGCUCGCUGGAGGAGCUGGACGAGGUCGGUGCAUUCUUCGACGAACAUUCGGCCGCGAUCGAGCGUUGGUUUCGCGAACGGGCGCCGAACGAUGUCAUUAGCAAGCUGCAGUCAAUUACCGCCGGGGACAGCUCCAAGUCACCGAAAUCGCCCCACCGUGCGUCGGUCACUUCGGACCUAUUUCAACAAUGGCUUGCCUCGUCUCCGGUAAAGAAAUGCCGUUCGCCGACCUCCCGGAGCUCCAUCUCCAACCGCAGCCAUCUGGCCGACCUGGACGAGGGCGAACUGUUUAUGGAGCUGAUACGGGACGUGGCCAACGAGCUCGACAUCGACGUGCUGUGUCACAAGAUUCUGGUCAACGUCGGUCUCCUAACGCACGCCGACCGUGGCUCACUGUUCCUCGUCAAUGGGCCGCCCACCGGGAAGUAUCUGGUCGCCAAGCUGUUCGACGUUACGCAAAACACUCCUUUGGACGAAGCGGUCCGGCGAGCCAAACAGGACGAAAUCAUCAUUCCGUUCGGUGUUGGAAUAGCCGGCACUGUAGCACAAACGAACGAAACCAUCAACAUCAAGGAAGCGUACAAGGAUCCACGCUUUAACAGCGAAAUCGACCAGAAGACCGGUUACAAAACCAACAUCAUCCUCUCGAUGCCGAUCUGCAACUACGAGGGACAGGUGAUCGGUGUGGCACAGAUCAUUAACAAAACCAACGGUUCACCCGAGUUUACCGAGCGAGAUGUGGAGAUAUUUCGCCGCUAUCUCACGUUCUGUGGCAUUGGCAUCCAGAACGCGCAGCUGUUCGAAAUGUCCGUCCAGGAGUAUCGGCGCAAUCAGAUACUGCUCAACCUUGCCCGGAACAUCUUCUCGGAGCAAAACAACCUGGAGUGCUUGGUGACGAAAAUUAUGACCGAAGCACGGGAGCUGCUCAAGUGUGAACGGUGUGCGGUCUUCCUGCUGGAUCUCGACUGUGGCGAAGCGAACCACCUGGAACGGAUAUUGGAACGGCCGGAGAGGACUCAUCAAACCGUUUCGCGCCGAACGAGCCACAACGUGGACGUUGAAGAUGUGCUCCAGCAGCAGAACACGAUCUCGGCACGCUUCACGAUGAUAUUCGAGCUGGGCAGCAGCCAUCAAUCGUCGGCCAACAUUCUGCGACCGUCGGUGAGCGAUCUGAACAGCUCGAUGCUGGCCCAGAUUGCGGAGUAUGUGGCCGCGACGGGCGAAACGCUCAACAUUAGCGAUGUGCUCGAGUGGCUAAAGGAUAAGCCCAUCUGCCAACGGCAACCGGUAGCGCAGCCGGUCCCGGCCGCGGACGGUACGGUGGCCACGACCGCAACGUUCGACGAGACGCACAGCGUCAAAUCGAUUCUGUGCAUGCCGAUCAUCAACGGCCAGAAGACGGUCAUCGGUGUCGCUCAAUUAAUCAAUAAGCAAAAUGAUCUACAAUUUACCAACUGUGAUAUCUCCAUCUUCGAGGCGUUCGCCAUCUUCUGCGGGCUCGGCAUCCACAACACGCAGAUGUACGAGAGUGCCUGUAAGCUGAUGGCGAAGCAGAAGGUGGCACUCGAAUGUUUAUCGUACCAUGCGACCGCUAGUCAGGACCAGACGCUCAAGCUGGUCAACGAUACCAUCCAGUCGGCCGAGGAGUACAAGCUGUAUAGUUUUAAGUUCAUCGACUUCGAUCUCGACGACGAUGAUACAUGCCGGGCGGCGGUGCGGAUGUUUCUACAAUGCAAUCUGGUUCAACAAUUUCACAUUCCAUACGACGUCCUAUGCCGCUGGAUACUGAGCGUGCGGAAGAACUACCGUCCAGUGAAGUAUCACAACUGGCGCCAUGCACUGAACGUGGCCCAGACCAUGUUUGCGAUGAUGAAAACCGGCAAGAUGGAGCGCUUCAUGACGGAUCUGGAAAUUCUCGGUCUGCUCGUUGCGUGCCUCUGCCAUGAUCUCGACCACCGCGGCACGAACAACGCAUUCCAAUCGAAAACCGACAGCCCGCUGGCCAUCCUUUACACGACGAGCACGAUGGAACAUCACCAUUUCGAUCAGUGCGUGAUGAUACUGAACUCCGAGGGUAACAACAUAUUUCAGGCACUAUCCCCGGAGGACUUCCGCACGGUGAUGAAGGUCGUCGAGACGGCGAUCCUGUCGACCGAUUUGGCGAUGUACUUCAAGAAGCGCAGCCAGUUCCUGGAGCUGAUCGAGAACGGCGAGUUUGACUGGCAGAGUGAGGAGAAGAAGGAAAUUCUGUGCGGCAUGAUGAUGACGGCGUGCGAUGUGAGCGCCAUUGCGAAACCGUGGGAGGUGCAGCACCGGGUGGCCAAAUUAGUGGCGGACGAGUUUUUCGACCAGGGCGAUCUGGAGAAGCUGCAGCUCAAUCAGCAACCCGUUGCGAUGAUGGAUCGUGAACGUAAGGACGAACUGCCCAAGAUGCAGGUUGGGUUCAUUGACGUCAUCUGUCUGCCGCUGUACAAGGUGCUGACGGAAGCGUUUCCCUGGAUCAGCCCACUGUACGACGGUACGCUGGACAACCGGCAGCACUGGCACGAUCUGGCCGAGAAGGUUGAGAUGGGCCUUACCUGGAUCGAUCACGACACGAUCGAUAAGCCGGUGGAAGAGUUUGCCGCGGGCAGGGAACCGUUGGCCGACAUCGAGUUCACCGUGACGACACUCAACUGUGCCCAUCCGGAGGAGAAAACCGAAACGACACCGGUACACGAACGGAAACCACGCUUUAGCAGCUUGCGAAAAACGGGUGCCCUGGGGAAAGCCGUCCGGAACAAGCUGUCCAAAUCCGUGCACCACAAUGCAGCCGGCAAUGAGCGACCUUCGUCCAUUGUUUCACAGCCGGGCAGUACGAAGAGUGGCACGGACGAUGGUACACCGACACCGGUCGGUGGAGACCACCCAUUGCCGUGUGCCGGCGAAACGUCCGAUCAUCAGGCAGGCGAUCAGCAGCAGCAGCACGAUCAAUCCUCGCAAUCGGUUCCGGCGACGCCGGGCAGUGGGCUUCCGCCUUCACUGCUGCAGGAUGGCGCAAGUACCACGGCCCAACAGCCACCGAAACAUCCCACCAAGCCGGUUAAGAAGCGCUCCAAGCUGUGCAUGCUGUUGUGACCCAAGUUUUACACCGACUCGUCGGACGAUGCAGCCAGCGGUGGUUCGGCGGUGGACAAGGAGAAUGCCGUCUGAAGCUGGCGGCGUUGGACGUGAACCAAAAACAAAACCAACCAAACCCUGGUACUCUGCUAGGCCGUUUAUCUCCCAUGGCUGUUCGUUGUCGUUUUUCGUGUUGUAGCGAAAGAGAGAGAGAGAGAAAGAGGGAAAGAGGGAGAGAAAAAAACAAAUUCCUUGGAGAAAGCCCCGCUUCGAGAAGGGCGAAAAUUGGUCCGUAAACGAAGCAGCGAGUGUGGGAAUGGAGGAAAAAACGCUAUUUGUUGGGCCACUACUUUAUUAGGCAAAACAAUCCGAAACUCCUGUCAGUGUGGGGAGUUUCGUACAAGGCUGUUAGUUCAAUGUUUGUUCAUAGUCCAUUUUCCCUUUUGUGGAAUUUAUAGAGUAACAUGCGGUAGUUAUGUACAUGCUCAAAAAGCCACCCAAAGCAAAGGAAUAAACAGAUGCUUAAUACAGAGCGACAAACAAAACGUGGGUGCAAACUGUGAGAACACACUUGCUGGUCAAUUUAGAAAACACACCACACUGAAAAACAAACACCACGGAACCGUGUGAAGCAUUGUCGCUUUUGUUUUUUUUACCGUCAAACAAGCUUUCUCCUUGCAGUGGAGAAAUGAAAGCAAGCAAAACAAUACCCAUUCGAUGUUAGACCAUCCCACUGUGCACUGUUUUGCAUGAUCCGGCCAGAGUGGGAAAGAAUGGAAAGCAAACAAAGAAUAAAAAAGCUCAGCAAGCCAUCCGAACUGUUCGGUUGACAGUUGUUCUGACAGAACAACGAUCCUAGUCAUUAGUAGUCGUUCUAGCAGGCCAUGAUUAAGUAAACAUUAAGAGCGUCAAUGCAAGAGAGACAGAGAGGAGCAUGAGAAGAGAGAGAGAAAGCCAAAGAGAGAGAGAGAGAGAUGUACGAAAGCAUCUCACAUGCUUAUUUGGACCGAAUUUUUGUCGGUGUUUUGUGUCGGAUGCGGUUGUUAACUGACUGUUCCACUUGGUUAGGUACGAAUAGAAAUGGGCUUCGUUACACGUUAAGCUAGCGGACAGCAGACGAGUAGCAAUUAGAUGUGUUAGUACAGUUCCAAAACCAAAGCAAAACUCUUCGUGUAGUAUGUUGUGUUGUGCCGGCAAGCGGCAAGAGACAAACUCCAAAGACAGUAACAGUAAAUUUAAACGUCCACACAAACGGUGAAGCCCGGUUAGGGCCGGCAGAACGAUGUAACUGCACUGGAACAAAGCAUAAACCAGCACAGCACCCACCACACCCGUACCCGUCUGUUAGUUGUUGCAAUGGGAAACUACAAACCUGACUAAAGCCUCCGGGGGAAUGGUGAAGCAAUUAUCCCUCGCCGGUGGCAUACGGUGCCGAAGAUGAGAGUUAGCCGAUAAGAAUGUAAUGGGGAAUACCGAAUGCAAUGUUGCUACCGUCCUUCGUUUAGCGCCUGGUGUGAUGGCUACUGGCUACCAAUUCUAUUGACACUGGGGCCGCCUGCAGGUGGUUGCUAUUGUUCCGUUUCGGCUAUUGUUACCCUUUGUUGUUUCGUCGGUGGCGUUGUUUCGCCACCCAGAAAAGGAUAACGCCGGGAAAAGGCGUCAGUGAUACUAUUGUUAAGCUUUGUUCGUUUGUUUUUGUUUUGGUAAACAUUCUGCUUUCCUUCCAAUGCAGCCCCGUUGUUGUGCGAUACGAUUAAAUGCUUGUUGUUUGGUUGUGAAGAAAUGGACACUGCAGUGCACAAUGUUGCACAAAACCAGACCGAAUGCACUCGAUGACGGCCACAACUGGGUGGUUAUUGAGAGUGUUUUUUUUAAUAAACUGUUGAAAGGAUGUUCAAAAUGUGAAAUUUAUGUUGCAACGGUGCUUCUGUAUCGUCCCUUUAGCUCUUGGCAAAGACUGGUUACCAAGCUGGAAACGAUGUUACCCCUGUGAAACUAACCACCAUGCGUCGUUGUGAAGCAUUUCCCUUAAAAGAAGGAACACUGUUAGUCGAUUCAUAACUCGUAAGACUAUUGGUUAAUGAUAGCAAGGGGAAACGCACCACUAAACAAAAAGGAAAGAAAAAAAGGAAGGCUUUUCUCCACUGGGGGAAAUGUGCUAGAGCAAUUGUUCGUGAAUGAGCCACACAUUAGACAACACUAAAAAAAAAAAAAAACAACAAAACAAUACACGUUGCAUGUUCCGGUAAUUAUUAGCAGCAAAACAACCACGUGUCUUUGAUGGUUAGAAACAUUUUUGUGAUUGUAUAUUCGUAUACCUUUUUUUGUGAUGCAAAACUUCAGGCAGAAAGAAAGAAAAGCAGCACAGUGGAGUUUGAAAAUAAAGAAAACCAAACAAAACGGAUAGAUUUGGGUUAGAUGCCGAAAUCGAAAUGAAACGAAUACACCGAAACAAUAAGGCUAUUCGCAAUGGCAGGAACGAUGAGCAAGAAAUACAAGAAAUAUGUGA